AGUUUUCUGCGGACCGCGAGGGUGGACCAUGGCAGCCCCGCUGUUCUGGACCCUGUGCGUGGCCGGGUUACUUCUGAGUGUCUCCCAACACCAAGGUGAAGCAGCAACAAAAAACAACGAACGGAACUCUGAUGCUGACCUUGACGGUGUGAAGCAUGGAGUCUCUGAAGUGAGGAAGGACGACCUCGCCGACAUCCCAGGGCAUGGCGAGGUACACCAGGAAACACUGGACAAGCUCCAACAUGUCCUCCGUCUCUUCAAGCAAAUCAAGUUGGAAAGGGAACAGAGCCCAGCGCACAAGGCGGCAGAUGCGUCGUCGUCUGAUCUUCCAGAUGAACAAAAUUUGGAAUCAAAUGGGAAGCGGGAUGAGACCAUCAGUGACCCUGGUGCUUCACAUGUAAAUGAGAACAACGUGUUGGAGUCCGUAAAGACGAUUUUGGAAGAGGAAAAUACUGAAGGGCAUGGUGACGAUCAUUCCUACCACAGUCAGAGUGAGAUGGACCGGUUGCUGAAUAAGUUUGCAUUCCUGGAGGUCAUACGAAAUCGUCUGGUUGAGGAUAACAAACAGGAAAAGAAAAACAUCAUCACUUCAAGAGGAGACAAUGACCUGAUGUCCUCAACUAAGUUAGUGAUGCAGGGCAUGUUACAGGAUUGCACUAGGUCUGCACAGAAUGCCAUCUAUGACACAGGAAUGUACUCAGCCCCCAUAGCACAAGCCAUCCUGUACAACGCUAUCUUAAGGGAACUUAGUUCCGUAUAUGCCGAUCUCCAAUCAACCGAUGGCCAGACCCAACGAAAUAACCUGUUGUCUGCUGUGGAUUCUCUUGAACGUGCUUUAGGUGCUGAAGCGUUAACGGUUAUCGUCAUUCCCAAGAUGGGACGGCAAGGUAUCAGUAGCCAGAGUGCAAUACAAAAAUACCUAGCGACAGCACUGAGUCAAACUGUCAGACCACGACCUUCAGCUCUAGACAUUAUCUCAACUAUUAGUAGUCUCCAAGCUGAUCUGGCACCGUCCGUGGAACAAAUCAUGGCAGAAACUUCAAAGUCUCCUACCAGGGAAGACAUUGAUAACGUUUUCUUGGCGAAUAUAUUUAAAGCACUUGCAAUAAUUUAUAGUCACCAGGACACUGCACAGAACAGGCCACCAGAAUUCUCUUACUCGAAACCACAACAAACAGUACAGCAAGUGCAAUCUGUCUUACAAAAUGCACAGCUUCAGGGCGUCCUGACACAACCAGAGACACAAGCCAUCCAGACGGCGGUACAAGAGUCACCCAAGGCAGCCUUGACAAAAAUUGUGCAGACGGUGGGCGACAAAGCUGGCAAAACUCCCCUCGAUCAAUUGCAGACAAUACAGACCAUUGAAAAGGUACAAGGAGAUCUCCGCCCAAGUCAGAUAAGCCAGGUCCUGACUGGACUACAAGAAAGUCCCCAGAAGGCAAUGCAGGUAUUACAAACUGUCAUCCAGGAGACCACAGACAAGAAGACACAGGCUACUCAGCAAACGGAGACCACCAUCCAAACUUUGACGACCCUGGGUCGGCUGACAGAAGACGACUCCACGACGAUCCGCCAUGCAUUGCAAACAUCUCCAGCCGACGCCGUCCAGACCAUCAUAGGUGUGGUGGGACGGAAAGUAGACCUAUCCGACACAGACCGCCAGCGUCUGGUCACCAUCGUGCAAAAUAACAAGGACAGGCUGGGUAGUCAAGACGUCUAUUCAGUUGUGCAAGCCUUGCAAACCUCGCCCCAGCAGGCAAUUUCUACAAUCACCCAGACGCUUGGACGAAAGACCGGACAACCUGUUAGUGUUCACUUUACCGGCUCAUUUCCGCAGCAAGUGGUCCAGCAAGCUGAAGUGCAACAAACAGUACAGCAAGUGCAAUCUGUCUUACAAAAUGCACAGCUUCAGGGCGUCCUGACACAACCAGAGACACAAGCCAUCCAGACGGCGGUACAAGAGUCACCCAAGGCAGCCUUGACAAAAAUUGUGCAGACCUUGGGCGACAAAGCUGGCAAAACUCCCCUCGAUCAAUUGCAGACAAUACAGACCAUUGAAAAGGUACAAGGAGAUCUCCGCCCAAGUCAAAUAAGCCAGGUCCUGACUGGACUACAAGAAAGUCCCCAGAAGGCAAUGCAGGUAUUACAAACUGUCAUCCAGGAGACCACAGACAAGAAGACACAGGCUACUCAGCAAACGGAGACCACCAUCCAAACUUUGACGACCCUGGGUCGGCUGACAGAAGACGACUCCACGACGAUCCGCCAUGCAUUGCAAACAUCUCCAGCCGACGCCGUCCAGACCAUCAUAGGUGUGGUGGCGAAAGUAGACCUAUCCGACACAGACCGCCAGCGUCUGGUCACCAUCGGGCAAAAUAACAAGGACAGGCUGGGUAGUCAAGACGUCUAUUCAGUUGUGCAAGCCUUGCAAACCUCGCCCCAGCAGGCAAUUUCUACAAUCACCCAGACGCUUGGACGAAAGACCGGACAACCUGUUAGUGUUCACUUUACCGGCUCAUUUCCGCAGCAAGUGGUCCAGCAGCAAGCUGAAGUGCAACAAACAGUACAGCAAGUGCAAUCUGUCUUACAAAAUGCACAGCUUCAGGGCGUCCUGACACAACCAGAGACACAAGCCAUCCAGACGGCGGUACAAGAGUCACCCAAGGCAGCCUUGACAAAAAUUGUGCAGACGGUGGGCGACAAAGCUGGCAAAACUCCCCUCGAUCAAUUGCAGACAAUACAGACCAUUGAAAAGGUACAAGGAGAUCUCCGCCCAAGUCAGAUAAGCCAGGUCCUGACUGGACUACAAGAAAGUCCCCAGAAGGCAAUGCAGGUAUUACAAACUGUCAUCCAGGAGACCACAGACAAGAAGACACAGGCUACUCAGCAAACGGAGACCACCAUCCAAACUUUGACGACCCUGGGUCGGCUGACAGAAGACGACUCCACGACGAUCCGCCAUGCAUUGCAAACAUCUCCAGCCGACGCCGUCCAGACCAUCAUAGGUGUGGUGGGACGGAAAGUAGACCUAUCCGACACAGACCGCCAGCGUCUGGUCACCAUCGUGCAAAAUAACAAGGACAGGCUGGGUAGUCAAGACGUCUAUUCAGUUGUGCAAGCCUUGCAAACCUCGCCCCAGCAGGCAAUUUCUACAAUCACCCAGACGCUUGGACGAAAGACCGGACAACCUGUUAGUGUUCACUUUACCGGCUCAUUUCCGCAGCAAGUGGUCCAGCAGCAAGCUGAAGUGCAACAAACAGUACAGCAAGUGCAAUCUGUCUUACAAAAUGCACAGCUUCAGGGCGUCCUGACACAACCAGAGACACAAGCCAUCCAGACGGCGGUACAAGAGUCACCCAAGGCAGCCUUGACAAAAAUUGUGCAGACGGUGGGCGACAAAGCUGGCAAAACUCCCCUCGAUCAAUUGCAGACAAUACAGACCAUUGAAAAGGUACAAGGAGAUCUCCGCCCAAGUCAGAUAAGCCAGGUCCUGACUGGACUACAAGAAAGUCCCCAGAAGGCAAUGCAGGUAUUACAAACUGUCAUCCAGGAGACCACAGACAAGAAGACACAGGCUACUCAGCAAACGGAGACCACCAUCCAAACUUUGACGACCCUGGGUCGGCUGACAGAAGACGACUCCACGACGAUCCGCCAUGCAUUGCAAACAUCUCCAGCCGACGCCGUCCAGACCAUCAUAGGUGUGGUGGGACGGAAAGUAGACCUAUCCGACACAGACCGCCAGCGUCUGGUCACCAUCGUGCAAAAUAACAAGGACAGGCUGGGUAGUCAAGACGUCUAUUCAGUUGUGCAAGCCUUGCAAACCUCGCCCCAGCAGGCAAUUUCUACAAUCACCCAGACGCUUGGACGAAAGACCGGACAACCUGUUAGUGUUCACUUUACCGGCUCAUUUCCGCAGCAAGUGGUCCAGCAGCAAGCUGAAGUGCAACAAACAGUACAGCAAGUGCAAUCUGUCUUACAAAAUGCACAGCUUCAGGGCGUCCUGACACAACCAGAGACACAAGCCAUCCAGACGGCGGUACAAGAGUCACCCAAGGCAGCCUUGACAAAAAUUGUGCAGACGGUGGGCGACAAAGCUGGCAAAAUACCCCUCGAUCAAUUGCAGACAAUACAGACCAUUGAAAAGGUACAAGGAGAUCUCCGCCCAAGUCAGAUAAGCCAGGUCCUGACUGGACUACAAGAAAGUCCCCAGAAGGCAAUGCAGGUAUUACAAACUGUCAUCCAGGAGACCACAGACAAGAAGACACAGGCUAUUCAGCAAACGGAGACCACCAUCCAAACUUUGACGACCCUGGGUCGGCUGACAGAAGACGACUCCACGACGAUCCGCCAUGCAUUGCAAACAUCUCCAGCCGACGCCGUCCAGACCAUCAUAGGUGUGGUGGGACGGAAAGUAGACCUAUCCGACACAGACCGCCAGCGUCUGGUCACCAUCGUGCAAAAUAACAAGGACAGGCUGGGUAGUCAAGACGUCUAUUCAGUUGUGCAAGCCUUGCAAACCUCGCCCCAGCAGGCAAUUUCUACAAUCACCCAGACGCUUGGACGAAAGACCGGACAACCUGUUAGUGUUCACUUUACCGGCUCAUUUCCGCAGCAAGUGGUCCAGCAGCAAGUUGAAGUGCAACAAACAGUACAGCAAGUGCAAUCUGUCUUACAAAAUGCACAGCUUCAGGGCGUCCUGACACAACCAGAGACACAAGCCAUCCAGACGGCGGUACAAGAGUCACCCAAGGCAGCCUUGACGAAAAUUGUGCAGACGGUGGGCGACAAAGCUGGCAAAACUCCCCUCGAUCAAUUACAGACAAUACAGACCAUUGAAAAGGUACAAGGAGAUCUCCGCCCAAGUCAGAUAAGCCAGGUCCUGACUGGACUACAAGAAAGUCCCCAGAAGGCAAUGCAGGUAUUACAAACUGUCAUCCAGGAGACCACAGACAAGAAGACACAGGCUACUCAGCAAACGGAGACCACCAUCCAAACUUUGACGACCCUGGGUCGGCUGACAGAAGACGACUCCACGACGAUCCGCCAUGCAUUGCAAACAUCUCCAGCCGACGCCGUCCAGACCAUCAUAGGUGUGGUGGGACGGAAAGUAGACCUAUCCGACACAGACCGCCAGCGUCUGGUCACCAUCGUGCAAAAUAACAAGGACAGGCUGGGUAGUCAAGACGUCUUUUCAGUUGUGCAAGCCUUGCAAACCUCGCCCCAGCAGGCAAUUUCUACAAUCACGCAAACGCUUGGACGAAAGACCGGACAAACAUUCAGUCUUUCCUCUUUUACUUCGACUUCGGAAAUGCAGCCCAUUCCAGAGUUGGAGACGACCGUUACGGGUGAGAUUGCACAGGCGUCAGCGACAUCUGGUUUUGGAACAGAUUUCAACACGGUUUUGUCCGGUCUAUUACAAAAUGGAAAAAUUAGUGACAUUGAGUAUCAGACCAUCAAAAAUGCAUAUUCAGAAUCCCCCGAUUUUGGGUUGAGGUCUAUCGCAGAUAUUUUGAAAAAGAGAAUUAAUUUUAAUUCUCAGCAGCUUAUAAUCCUCGGGAAAGUGAAUGACAUGUCAUAUCAUGUCAACAAAGAUUACAUCAAGGUUUUGCUGCCCGCACUUGACAGAUCUGAUGUCGACGCUACAGGCAGUAUCGUUAACAUUAUCUAUAAACGUUCCAUCACUGUGAAGACCAUUACAAUUCUACAGCAACUGACGAGAGACGGAGUCAUUACAGCGGAACAGGGGCGACGUCUUGUGUCAUCCUUGCAACAAGAGCCCAGCAGUGCACUUAAGAUUGCGUUACGUCUCGUAGGAGCUGAAGAUUCUGUACUCAAUAAUGUUGACGUCUUUCCCCGUCAAGUUGACAUUCGUGAUGUUAGUAAUAUCUUAAAUGCACUUACCAUUUCCAAAGAAAAGGCACACACCAAAGCUCUCAUGAUCAUGCAGUAUAAGGCAACUAUUCUCUUCCGGAUCCAAGGAAUGGCGCAUACUCUAUCAACUAAAGGCAUAUUAAGCCUCCAGCAAUCUCAACAAAUCAGACAGUCGCUAGAUCUUCGCCCUGAGCAGACAAUUCAGUCUAUCGCGGACGUGAUCCUGCAAAGGUCACACAUGUCGUCGGUGGACAAACAACAGCUUCUCCUUGGAGUUGCGUUUGCCAGAAAUAACCUAAACACGGCAGAUAUGUUGCCAGUGCUGCAGGCCCUUGCACAAUCACCUGAAGCUGCCCUUAUCAAGCUUAGGCAACUGGUACAGGAAUCUACAUCCAAGAUGGCCAACACUGUAUCAACAGUAGAUUUUUCGGUCGCUUACAUCGGUGGUACAGGGGACAACACACUUGCUCUUAUUAUUGAGGCCCUAGAAGACGCCGCAAAAGAACAAGAAAAGGACAGUGACAGGCAAAAACUUCUUGGAAUACUCACCGCUCUCAAUAAAGCUGGGACAUCUUCCGAUUCAAGUUCUGUUCUCCAGGCGCUGGGAGGUGGAACUGUCACAGGGAGUCAGAAGCAAAACAAGAUGGCCGUGUUACUGGAGGGUUUGUCUGGAGUGGAGCAGGCCAGCAGUGCCGAGUCCAUGGCUGCUGCUGCUGUCGCUGUUGACAAGGCGGCUGAGGGGAUUCACUCGGAGAUUGAGAAAGGAAGUGCGAGCGAGAAUAGGGACGACAUGAUACAGGUCAUGUCGAAGGCCCUAGUUGUUCUGAACGGGGCCGCGGGAAAGGUUAAGGGAACGUCUGCUGAGGAAGCUCUCCAACACGCCAUCCACACGAUUGAUGAAGCUCGUGAAGACGCCAUCAAGCAGGGAGCUGUGAAGGAGCUCUCCGCUGCUGUGGGCUCCCUGGGGAUAGCAGUGGACAAUAUUGAGACUGCCUUAGAGGCUGUCAUCCAGGGCCAUGACAUCACAGAGGACAAGCCUGUAGCUGUCCCACAGGUCGUGAUAGAGGCCACCACAAUGAGCUAUGUGGAAGAAGUGCUUCAAUCGAUCUUGUCGCAUAAUUCGUCCUAGAUCUUACAAACCCUCUACUACAAAAGGCGUAUAUGGCGAAAAACUAUAAUGUAUAAUUACAUUACAAAGAAUGUGCUGAAGUUUGCGGACUAGUUUAGUGAAAAUGCUGUCAGGUAAAGGUUGUGUGAAAAAAAAGCAAUUUCUGCUGAAAAGUCUUGAAGAAGCCCAUAUUUGUAAGCUCAACUGUAGAAGAUAUUUCAAGCCAAGCUUACAUAAACAAGUAGGGAAUGGUCUCACAAGGCAAAGACACGUUUACCCUAGGGAAUAUCUAUGUAAAUUGAUACAAACAGGUGCACAAGUACAUCCAUGAUGAUGAUGACUGGUUUAUUCAUAUAUAUAAACACAUAAACAAAUAAAAGUCUGUGGCAGCCAAAAUGGCUGAAUUGGCGACUUCUUGAAUGCGUGUGAGGCUGUUCUAGUGUACGCGAUGCAAGUGUGACAAUGGCAUUGGAAAAACAUAGAAUAUAAGGUUAGUAAAGCUUACCUGUUCACAACCAUUUGGUUUACAUGAUCCGACGUUUUGAUGACCGUCUGUCAUCGUCAUCAGGGCCAAUAUGACUGGUUUACUGUGUAAUGGAGCUACGUGUUGCACUACUUGUCAUUGUGCACUGAAGCUAGAUGUUACUGCACCAAUGCAGUCCCAAGCAUAAAACAAUUGUGACAAACAACAUAGUGUCACAAUUGUUCAUCAAUUAUGCCACAAUGACAGACGGUCAUCGAAACGUCGGCUCAUGCAAAACAAAGGGUUGUGAAUAAAAAAAAAACUUUUGUGACGACAAGACAAUCCCAGACGCGGCUAGCUUUGUGUAAAAAAAGAGAAGAAAUCAACAGUGACAGACCGCUAGAAACACUGAACUGUGCAAUAGACUAGGGGGGCGCCAAGGCAAUAGACAGACAGGAUAACAGACGAAUCCGUUGGAUCGAAGAGGCGGUAUCGAUAAGAAAGUCAAACCGGUAAUGAACCGGCACGGGGGGAUACAUACUUAGUCAGGUUUGGGAUUGUGCUCUCGUCGCAAAAGCCUCACCUACAUUGGCUACAUGUAGCGACGAGAAGCAGUACUCCAGUCAGAGGAAGGUGUCUGACAGACAUCGAAAUGUAUUAUUACUAAGCAGGUGAGAGUCUAUAACGGUUGUGUUAACGAAAACAACAAUAUCCUUUCUUCAGUAAAGUUAAACAGUUUUCAUAUACGAAAAAUUUCUAAGACAUUGUGUCAGGACUUAAAUUGACACCUCUGAAUCAAUCAAUGAUAGAAGGUGUUGAGAAAAUGCCACUUACUGUUAUGUCUGCACAAUUGAAAUGAAACAUGGACAUGUUCCGUUCCUUGUAGUUCUAUUGCUUGGCAACUGAAAUUUUAGCUCAUCUGAUAUGCACCGAACAGGUCUGAGUUGCGUAGAAAAUGGCUCUUUGGUUUCCGAAAAUAUUUUCAGUACUCCAGAAGCUCUAGGAAAGAUGUCUGACGAGCAUCGAAACGUACGUAAGCAGGUGAGAAUCUAUCACGGUUGUAUAAAAAGAAGCACCUGAUAUCCAAAGGCUUUUGGGGUUUUUAAAUUACAGAA